AUGAUCGACAGAACUCAAGAUAGAGCCGUGGCUGUCGGUGAAGCGAGCAGCCCAGAAUUGGCCAUCAUGGAGCGCCCGGCACAAUGCCGGCGCCCCAGCAACAUCUACAUGGCAGACUCUGACUUCUGCAGGCACUGUGGCACAAAACGUGAUGCCUUUGACGACUUCCGUGAGUUCUGCACGGAAAUCAUCUCAGCAGCUUCCGAGAACUUGUGCAACUACUACGAGCGUGAAAUUCAGCACCUCACAACGGAUCUCGUCACUUGCCGGACGCAGCUCGGCCGCUGUGCCGAACUCUUGGGUCAACAGCUUGCAAAGGAGCAGACCUACAGGGAUAUCAUUGACAAGCUGUCCGAGAGCAGCAUGCGCGUCCUUCAGAACGUGAGCAGCCCGCCGACGGUGGACGACGCAGUGAAGCGGCAGCUGCACCAGAUGCUGGAGGCGAUGCACCAGCAGAGCUCAUCGUCCUGGCAGGAUGAGAUAGGCCAGUUGCACGCGCACAAGGAGCUGACAGAGAACCACUUGAUGACUUCUGCGGAGCUGCAGAACCAGGCGGAGGCGGUAAGAAAAGAGUUGGAGAAUAUCCUUGCGUUGCUCAAGGACCGCUGCAAACAUGUACCGUGUGCGCGAGGGGAGGGCUACACUAUAUCGUUCCACCAUGUUCUUCCCAAAGUGCUAGGCUGUGCCGCUGCCUCGAGUGCAGCCAUCGAACUGUGGCCCGUCCUUGGCAGGCGUCUCUGGAACGAGUCCAUGGAUGGGAUGCGGAGCCCCAGCCGACCUGCCAAAGCCAAACUUCCACUCGCAGGUGGGCACAGCGCCAGGUGUGGAUCCAGCCGCGCGAACGAAAGUGAGUUUUGUGAUGCCGCCUGGUCCAGCAAUGUGGGCUGGCUAGCGAGCCUCGAUUGGUCCGAAGCCUCGCACGCAAUCGAGCCCGGUCUCACCUUGAUCGAUUUUGCAUUAGAAGUUGAAAUGCUGCAAGAGUCAGACAAUCCGCCUGGCACUGAGCAUUCACUUCGGGGAGGUUCCAUGUCGCGGGGAGCCGGAAGCCUCCUGGAUGAGCACAUAGACCCCGACUAUCAGCCGAGUGAGAAGGUUGAAGAAUAUGCAGAAUGGCUGGGCAUGGACCUGGAGAAGGAUCGCGAUCUUUUCUGGAUUGCGAGGGCUGGUUUAAAAGCACCGUUGCCUGCGCCCUGGAAGCCCUGCGAGUCUGAAGAUGGCGAGAUUUUCUAUUUCAACUUCGAGACAGGUCCCAGAUGGUCUCAGCCGAAUUGUUCCUUUAUUGCGCUACAUCUCUAUGCAUGUAAUCUAUAUAGAGUCACGAAAGCCAGCCUCUUCCGGAGCUUGCAGGAGGUGUCUUUUAGCACUUAA